CGUUCGUAAUGUUAUAGCCAGCGUUAAUACAUUGAUUGCAGUUUCCUUAUUCAAUUCAGUUCAAGGGCAAGAUUUACAAGCAGUUACGAUGUCGAUGCUCCAUUUUAAUAUUGCAUAAUAAUAUUUAUGUACCUAUACUUAAUAUUACCUAAUGUAACUAAUUCAUUGUUUCGCAACAAACUAUUCACCCGACGAUUCCCCGCAAACACUCUUCCAAACUCGGUCAAACUUCAUCCAUCAUCAUAACCUCAAAAUGACUUAUGAGGACAAUGCCACCAGGCCGCGAUGAUAUUAAUGGCUCACCCCGGGAUAUAUAUACUGGGGUUCUCCCUGUAAUACCAUCCGAUUUAGGUCCAGAUAAUCCGUCGCGCAAUAAUGCCGCAACUGCCGCGUCGGCCGCCGGUGUUCGAGCCUUGAGCGCCCAGGCCAUCGCUUUUUACUUCAGGGCUCCCGUCAAGGCCUUCUUCCGGACACGUGUCGACUAUCUUGCGUAUGCCCGGGGUGUUCACCAGACUCAGACGGAGUUACUAGCCCGUGCUGCUGCUAAUAGCCAAACUGCCUCGAGGCUGGGCCUCACCUUCAAACAAGCAUGGAUGUGGGCACGAGGUACUACCCCGGGCUUACUUGCGUCCGUCAUUCAGCAGCACGGAUGGAGCGUCGUACCACAGCAGAUUCUCCCGCCUCUUAUGGCGAAUGUUGGAGUUGGCGCUGUGCUGUAUACUAGUUAUUUACAUAUCUUAGCUCAGCUCCAUGAGGAGACAUCGAGAGCGCCGAAGAGGAUAUUUCCUCCGCCAGACCCGAUCCAUACCUUUACUGCAGGAUUCAUAGCCGGAAGCAUUCAAAGCGUUGUCGCAGCCCCGCUUGAUGCUAUACAGGCGAGAUAUGACCAUCGUGAUCUCAUUUCUGGCAACGAGAAUGGGAAACCGAGGAGCAUGUGGGCAUUCUCGGCAGAAAAGCUUAGGGAAAUAGGACUACGAGGGAUCUUCGCAGGAUGGGGACUAUCUUUCUUAAAAGAUAGUUUCGGGAGCGCAGUUUUCUUUAGCACUUUUGAGUUUGUGAAGGCCCAAGGGUUCUACCGGUUCAUCACGUGGUACUAUGGUGGACUGCACCCUGACGUUGUUGAUGUGUUGGCCCAAAAGAGACCACCCACUCACAAGAACUCGAAGGGCAAUAUUAAUAAGGAUGGUAGCCGUCCGGUCGUCAUACGUCCGCACUACGCAAUUGAGCCGAUGUUCCUGCUGUUCGCUGGCUUCACGGCCUCGCUCACCCAACAGCUAAUCCUUCAUCCACUAAACCACAUUCAAGUUGAACAUUGGGACCAUCUAGAAGAUCUCGACGCUAAAGCAGCGAAGUUAAGAAACUCAGGAGCCGCGAACCCUGAUAAGCCCAGACGCAAGUGGCGCAUGCUCCGGGCUUAUUAUCACGCCUACCAAGAAACUUGGACUAAAUGCACCACUGAAGCAACCUUGGAAGGGAAAGGUUUGACACGAUGGUUAUAUCGUGGAUUUUGGUGGAACACUAUACGACAGGUGCCAAGUACCAGUGCUGGUCUAAUCAUCUUCGAACUUUUCCGACGUAAAUAUGGAGGCGGGAAUGAGCCUGUGCGGGUUGCGAAGGACGAUUAUGAAAUUCUCCUAGAGUAGAUUUUUGAUAAUGCGUUUCGGCGUCUUUGGCUUUAGGUACAGGGUAGGAAUUCGCCACUUGGCGAGAGGCUUCCUUUUCAACACAGCGAUAGAUAUGCAGCUUUCCUAGCAUUUUGGUGUAGAGAUAGAUCACGCACACGCGGUCAACCUCAUCUCCCCUUAUUUCCAGCACUACGAAUAAAUGGUUCAAGAGGAAAGACUUGUCCUUCUGGUGUAACACCUUCGUAAAGUUGUGCCCAACGGUACUUCCAAGCCUCAGGGGUUGGCCAAGCAUUUUCUGGGUCCCGCAGCCAUAAACGUAAAAGGUGACGACUGCAUGAAGAGGAUAGACUUCGUCAGCAAUACAGAUAAACGCGUUCACAGCUACACGGGGUUUUAAAGCAUGCUUACCGCUUCUCUAACGUGUCGGUAAAUCCGUCCCUUGCGUGGAAGAUGGCGAGGUUGUUUAUAUACUGGAUAUCUCCUUUUUGGAAAUUGGUAUUCACGCAGUACUUCUCACCUAGGAAAUGGAUUGUAUCGAGAGCUUCAGCCUGAGCCUCUGAAAUAGGCGGAAUGUUAGAG